CUUCGUUACGACGAUAUUGGAUAUUGGUUUUAUUGUUACUGUUAACCUGAGUAACAUAUUCGAAACGUAACGCUAUCAACUCAUGGUUUCGCUUGUCAGAUUGUGUUGAUUUUACUCAUGUGUUAUUUAUAAUUGUUAUCUAUUGGUUUCAAUAAUAAAUGUAAGUGCAUUCUAUGUAUUUACUGGAUCAUCGGCUCACCUUUUCUGUCGUUUCCUCUUCCAGAUUCUCUCAAAUACUACUCAAGGUACAUUCAAGCUAGAAGCGAAUCUGCCAGAUGCUGUUUGUCACACCUGUCUGACCAUUAAGUCUUCAGGAUUGUAUUGUUUUUGAUCAUAUAUAAUCCAAUGGAAACCAUUCUGGAGAAUAAACGUACGAUGUCUUCAGUGAUUUCUGACAAAAAGUGGAGCAACCUUAAAUGCAUUCUUGGACGUUCUGGUCCAUUUCAUCGGUCAGAAUUCGAGCCGUCAAAUGAACUCUUAAGCAUGGUUAGAGAACAUGUGAAAAUCCUUGUCAUUGGAGCUGGAGGUUUGGGUUGUGAGCUUCUGAAAAACCUUGCUAUGAUGGGGUUUUGUCAUCUGGAGGUCAUAGACAUGGACAUAAUCGAUAUUUCCAAUUUGAACAGACAAUUUCUGUUCCGAUCUCACGAUGUCGGCAAACCGAAAGCCAAUGUUGCAGCGGAUUUUAUCAUGCGCCGCAUUCCAACAUGCAAAGUUGUCCCACACUACAAUAAAAUUCAAGAUUUCGGUGCGCCGUUUUAUAAACAAUUUAAUGCUGUGGUUUGUGGUCUGGAUUCAGUCACAGCUCGGCGGUGGAUUAAUUCUAUGCUGGCAAGUCUGGUUCGUUAUAAUCCAGAUGGUCAACCAGAUCCAAACACUGUCAUACCACUUGUUGACGGUGGGACAGAGGGAUUCAAAGGACAUGUCCUUGUUGUUCUGUAUGGCCUGACUGGAUGCCUAGAAUGUACACUUGACCUAUACCCACCACCAACCAAUUUUCCCUUAUGUACUAUAGCGCAUACUCCUCGUCUUCCAGAACAUUGCAUAGAAUAUGUGAGAAUACUGUUAUGGUCAAAAGACAAUCCAUUUGGAAAUGAUGUUGCAAUCGACGGCGAUUCACCUGAACACAUACAAUGGAUAUAUGAAAAGUCAUGUGAAAGGGCUAAACAAUUCGGAAUUUCAGGUGUUACACUACGUCUUGUACAAGGUGUCGUAAAGCGAAUAAUCCCUGCUGUUGCUUCUACAAAUGCUGUUAUCGCAGCUGCAUGUGCAACUGAGGUCUUCAAACUAAUCACAUUCUGUUACAAUUAUUUAGAUAAUUACAUGAAUUUCAGUGAUAUUGAUGGAGUUUAUACCUAUGGUUUUUCUGUUGAACGCAAAGCUGAUUGUCUUGCCUGUAACAAUGUGCCACGAACUCUUCGAUUGCAGACUACUUGUACAUUAAGAGAUGUUAUAAAUGUUUUGAAGACAGAUCCUGAGUUUCAAAUGCAGUCACCCAGUAUAACAACAAUUAUUGAAGAUCAACAUCGUUCAUUGUAUAUCAAUCUUCCAGAACUGGUUGAUACACUUAAACCGAAUUUGUCUAAAACUCUUCAAGUAUUAUUCAACCCAUUUAAAUGAAGUGAAUUCACAUUUUAAAUAUUUUUUCUAGUUGUAACGUUUACUUUAAAUCUCAAUAAUUCAAUUCCUGUUUUGGAAGAUUGAAUAUAUUUGAAGAUAAUUCUUGGUAUGAAAUGACAUCAGUCGAAGAAAUGCUAGAAGUAACCUUUUUGAUCACUAACUUCAAUUCUUUCCAUAUUUGAAUCUAGAAUCUAUAGUUACAAAGCAAAACACAAUGACUUUUCAAUACUUUUCAUUAGUUUUACUUUAAUUCCACUUUCGAAAGUGAAUUCUAGCCAUUUUACAAGUUGAUUUUUAUAAAUAAUAUCUGAUAAUCUUGUCUCGGUAUGUGUUCUAUUGCCAGUUCAUUCAAAAAAUUUUUCGUCUAACCGACUUUAUAGCUGUUUAAAGUUGAAAAUCUUAACAGUCUCUGUCUGAUAGACUGAUAGAUAAUUAUGAUCAAUUAAUCUAUAAAUCUGAAUACUGACGAAUCGAUGUUUAGUUUCAUUUAAGUAAUUUAUCAAUCUGAUUAACUGUUAUUACUUAGCUAGAUAAAUUUGCUAUUGGCACAUAGUUGCAGCAAAUCUGUAAGUAUUAAUAUGGUGUAUGCUGAGAUGGUGGAGAUUUGUAGCUCAGGUGAAUGAUGUUAAUGUAGUUUGGUUCUAUGCGCUGGAUGUUUUAGCCGUGGAGCUUUCUUUGUUCUUUUGAACGACGUUGUCAGCAGAAACUUCAGGUAGAAGUCAAGUAUUCGGAUUUCUCCACAUGUGGUUCACAGCUUGUCCUGUACACUCCGACACAUCAGCACAUCGACAUCGAGGUGUUGAUCAUCAUCAAUGUAGAGCUUGGCGCAGAUGUCCUUUGGGCCUAAUUCCCAUACCUUAUUAUAACAACAAUGUGAAGUUAUCAGUAUAGGGUUGUGAAGAUUGUUAGGUUUUUAUGGAGAUCAUGAACCGGUCAAUGUUAGAGCACCAUUGAAAACCUGGAAGCGCUAGACGGCCCUUUCGUCCAACUAUGGAACUCCUCAGCAGUGCAAUAUCGUGGAUUGGUUGAAGAUGGCGGUCUCAUAUCAAUCGGUUCAUGAUUUCAAUAAAAACCCAAUAAUCUCCACAACCUUAUACUAGUAAGUAUCAUAUGCUCACUAGUGAAUAGUUUAAAACGGUAAUUGUCGGAGUUCUAGUAAGAAGCCAUGACCAGUGAAGUUGAGCCAUGUCGGGAGUGAGGCAGUUACCCAUUGCAGACAAUGGAAGAUGGUCGCACAACAUCGUGGAUUAGUUGUAGCAAGAUACUAACACUUUUUGACCUCGGCUCAGUGGUCUAGGGGUUAAGCGUUUGCGUGCAAGGUCGAGGGUGCUGGAUUCCAAUCUCACAUGCAUGAUUGCGGAGACGUACUGCUGAUGAGCCCCAUAUUAGGACGAAAGGACUUUCCAAUGCUUCAAGGUUUUUAAUGGUGGUCUAACAUUGAUAUUUUCCUAAUUUCAAUAAAGAAGUAUGAAGUUAACGAUCUAAAUGACAAAAGAUAUCGAAAUAUAGUAUUAAUGACAGUGAAAAGGAAUAAGCAUAAAGAAUAUAGUCCGAAAAACAUAGUCGAAACUUACGCACUAAUAAUUUUUGAAACUCAAAUAUCAAACAGAAGAUAAAAAAUAUGUGGAUUUUUAACUACUGAUACAUAAAUGUAAUGAAUAUAAACUUGUAUAUAUC